UCUACGACUUCGUUGUCAUUUGUCCUACAUUAUUUUUUAAUUCACCCUUUUUUUUUUUGGUCUAUAUCCUCCAUGUGCCCUGUUUUAAACUGAAAAACGAGCACUCGUGAUGAAGGCCGGUAGGUAAAGCAAUCUCAGAAAUUGCCUUCGUUGAUUUUUUUCGCACGUGGAAUCAUUACAUGGGAAAGGGUCUCAUUGGCGCAGAGCAGAAAGAAGGGUGCUGAGAUUCUGAGGGGUCUAAUUCUCUGAUAUUUUCGUUUUAGCUGGUCUUAAUAUAGUAUAGUUCCAACCAACUCAUGCUCUGCCACGUUGUUUUGAACUGUCAAAGCUGUCUUUCUUAAGACAUAUUUUCACGAGACAAUAUCGGCAUAUUAUAUAGUAGGUUGAAGAUCAUUUUCAGAGUCGUGAAGGGAUCUCAACAUGGGGCUUUUGGAGCUCUUCAUCACGGCAUCAAUUCCAGUCUUGAAAGUGCUAUUGAUUACCGCCCUCGGGUCGUAUCUUGCACUCGAUGGUGUUGAUAUCUUGGGGGAAGAUGCUAGGAAGCAUUUAAAUACUGUCGUAUUUUAUGUAUUUAAUCCAGCCCUAGUGGCCACCAACCUUGGCCAAACAAUAACAAGGGACAGCAUGGUUAAGUUGUGGUUCAUGCCAAUCAAUAUCCUCCUCACAUUUAUUAUUGGCUCAGUUCUUGGAUGGGUGGUUAACCUAAUUACAAGACCUCCUCCACACCUGAAAGGCCUUAUAGUGGGUUGCUGUGCUGCAGGGAAUUUGGGGAACAUUCUUCUCGUUAUAAUCCCAGCCGUUUGUAAAGAAAAAGGAGGACCAUUUGGAGCUCCUGAUGUCUGUCAUACAUAUGGAAUGGCUUAUGUUUCACUUUCAAUGGCGGUAGGAGCCAUUUAUUUGUGGUCUUACGUGUAUAAUAUUGUCCGGAUAUCUUCAAGAAGAAGCACAAAAGAAUCAGGAGUAAAUGACCACUCUAUCAGUAAGUCUGACAUAGGGAGUUGCACAGAGCCAUUACUUUCUUCCACGAAACAUUGCUUGAUAUCAGAGGACCCUGAAGUUCAAUAUGCACUACCCUGCACUAGAUCUGAAACGGAAUCUGAGGUUGCAGUUUCGGAUAAAAUAAAGCAAUAUUUAGAGAAGCUGUCUAGAAAGAUUAAUCUGAAGACGGUAUUUGCCCCUUCUACUACUGGAGCGAUUGUUGGGUUUGCAAUUGGACUUGUCCCUGUGAUCCGUAAGUCGCUGAUUGGUGAAAGUGCUCCUCUUCGUGUAAUCCAAGACUCUGCUUCCUUGUUGGGUGACGGAGCCAUUCCAGCUCUCACUCUUAUUGUAGGUGGAAACCUUCUCAAAGGUUUGAAAGGGUCAGGACUUCAGAAAUCCAUCAUCGUUGGCAUUGUAGCUGUUCGUUAUAUUGCCCUGCCACUGACAGGGAUUAUCAUCAUUAAAGGUGCACAUCAAAUUGGUUUGGUGCACUCUGAUCCAUUAUAUCGGUUUAUUCUUCUAAUGCAGUAUGCCGUCCCCCCUGCUAUGAACAUAGGAACCAUCACUCAAUUGUUUGGAGCAGGAGAGAGUGAAUGUUCUGUAAUCAUGCUGUGGACUUAUGCCUUGGCUUCAAUUUCACUUACUCUUUGGUCAACCUUCUUCAUGUGGCUUGUGGCUUAAAGUUACUCCCUAAUCCCACGCACUGCAGUCUGCAGGCAAUUUUGUAGUUCAGAGAACGUGCUACUGAACUGAAGCAAAGUUUUGUGUCCAUUUUGUAACUCUACAGGAUCUUAAUCCGAGUAAGAGUUUGUUCCUCCUGAUCCAUUCUGAUCACUUGUAUUUUUGCAGGAGUGAAAUAUAUAAAUUAGUGCAAGUAUUUGAUAUAA